GCGAGCCCAGGCGAAGCACAGCCACACGGUUACAUGAGACCGAAUGCCAGCUUCAUUGAAAAAGCUCUGUUAUCGAGAGUAGAGACAGGAGGGACAGACGUUUUCAGUGUGCAGACACAAAUAACAACACGCAGAAAGCUCUGGGGAACUCGGGGAAAGGGACAUUUUCACAGCCUCAAGAACCUCGGUAGGAGAAAGCAGAAGACACAUCGUUUUAAAAGAUAAAUCAAGCGCAGUGGACACAGCGGGAGUAGAUUAUUCAUUCCGAUAACUUCUAUAAGGAAGGGCAACUAAAAAAAAGAAAAAACUACCUCCGCCGUUUCAUAUUUUUGUUUUAUUUUUCCUUUCGUUGACUUUUUUCUUUAUUUUAUCACCUGUCCUCAGAAAAGCAUACAACCAGGCAGAGUUGAAUUGCAGUGCAGUGGGUAAAGAAAUUGAACGCAACACCAGGAGACAGAACAGCUCACCGCAUUUAGCCUACCAGCAAAAUACAGUAUAUAUAUAUAUUUUGUACCAUCCUUGGUUCUGUUUGGGGCUGAUUUUAGUUAAUUUUUUGGAAUAUGGUUGGGGAAAUGGAAACGAAGGAGAAACCGAAGCCUACCCCAGACUAUCUCAUGCAGCUCAUGAAUGAUAAGAAACUGAUGAGCAGCCUACCCAACUUCUGCGGAAUUUUUAACCACCUCGAACGGCUGCUUGAUGAAGAGAUCAGCCGUGUACGGAAGGACAUGUACAACGACACGCUAAAUGGCAGCACAGAGAAGCGGAGCAGUGAGCUCCCAGACGCAGUGGGCCCCAUGGUGCAGCUCCAGGAGAAACUAUUUGUGCCUGUGAAAGAGUACCCCGAUUUUAACUUUGUGGGCCGUAUCCUGGGACCACGGGGGCUGACAGCCAAGCAGCUGGAGGCAGAGACAGGAUGUAAAAUCAUGGUGCGCGGAAAAGGCUCCAUGAGGGACAAGAAGAAGGAAGAGCAGAACCGCGGCAAACCCAACUGGGAGCACCUCAACGAGGACCUGCAUGUCCUGAUCACAGUGGAGGACGCACAGAACCGCGCUGAGAUCAAGCUGAAGCGGGCUGUGGAGGAGGUCAACAAACUACUGGUGCCUGCGGCGGAGGGAGAGGACAGCCUGAAGAAGAUGCAGCUGAUGGAGCUGGCCAUCCUCAACGGCACCUACCGAGACGCCAACAUCAAGUCACCUGCCCUUGCCUUCUCUCUUGCAGCGAACGCCCAGGCGCCCCGCAUCAUCGCCGGCCCCGCCCCCAUGCCCCAGAACGCCUUGCGCACUUCCACCCCGGCCGGCCCCACCCUAAUGCCCCUGAUCCGACAGAUCCAGACCUGCAUGCCCAACGGCUCGCCCCACCCGGGCGUCAUGACCCAGGGUCCCGAGUCGGGCCUCAUAUAUGCUUCGCCGUACGAUUACCCCUACACACUGGCCCCUGCCACCUCCAUCCUGGAGUACCCCAUCGACUCCAGCGGGGUGUUAGGUAAGCAUGCGUGCCCCUGCGAUUGCCCCGCAGCCCCCCACCAACACCACCACCCCCAUGGCCAGUGGAAUCCCGCCCCCACGCUGAUCCUGCGCCACUCCUCCUAAAUACGGCCCCGCCCCCCCAUUCACACUUUUGUGACGACCCCCCCCCCUCAGAAUAAUACCACACUCCCCCGUCUCUCGCCCUCGCCCGCCCCAGCCUCCCAGGAGAUACCACUGAAAGAGAGGGGUCAGCAACAGAAAAAAAAAACAUUCCAGCUCUUUACUGCAUCUUUCUUUUCACUAUCAUGAGACAAUUCUCUCCUCUAUAAAGCCCUUUAAGAAAUGUGUGCAUAAAUGAACUGGAAGUUAAGAGCUCUACUGGCUCUGUGAUUUGUAAGAGGAGGCGGUUUCAUUCGGAAAAGGGUCCUUACCCUCCUCUCUCCCAGUCCCUGCAUACACACGCAGCCCUAUGGCUUUGAAAAAAGCCACUUUAGAAAAUAUCAUAUUACAAACGCGACUUGACUCCAUUAAGACAGACUGUACCCAAAGGCACAUUGUAAAUCUGAACUGUUACCAAUGCACCAAAAGGUCAACAGCAGCGUGUCCAAUUGGGUUGAGCACAUUCCAGACAGCCAGGGUGUCAGCCAUUAGCAGCCAGAGUUCCGCCUAAAUGUCUGGGUGAAGGGAGAGGGGAGAGGGGAUUCUGGAUUUUGGGGUGGGGGGUUGGGGGUUGGGUGAGUGAGGCUGGGUGGGUGGGGGUUGUUACUGUAAAGGGGGGGGGGGGGGUCGAGGAGCGGCGGAGCCCAGUGAAGAUUUCACCCUGUCUCUCUCUCUUGUGUGACCUAUACAGCGUCCUCAAAGGCCGAAGAGCUGCCCCUCUACCUGGGGUUUCAGACCUGUCACUUUCCCAUCACUGUGCAGCGAGGAGAGCCCUGCAACCGGCCUCCCUUUUAAAGAAACGUCCCUUCCCUCCCUCUUUCCCUCCACCCCCUCAAACAACACACACCCACCUCCUCAUCUCCCUCCUCCCUCCCCGCCACCACACGCUGGACUGGUUGAGGAUUGGCCCUCUCUAAGCAACCACAAGCCACAAGGGGAAGCCUCGGCCCUUCCUCUUUUAAUGUCUGUUCAAAGUGACGUGUGUGUUACUGAUCAACCCUUUUUGAUUUCCUGUCCUGAUGAUGAUGAUAUAUUUGUGUAUGAUGACGAGGGAGAACUGAGCUCCACCUUGCUGCAGACCCCCCUUGGGGGCGCCCCCCUCUCUCUGGGUGUGGCUUGGGGGUGUCCUGAGGGGUAACAUGAGGAAGGUGAGGGGUCAGAGGGGGUCGACAGAGAGGGCUUGCGGAGCCAAUGGGGGAGAUGGUGUGUGUUGGCGAUGGGUCACCUGCAGUUAAAGCGUCUAGGCCUCACAGGCUUUAUUCACAAAGGGAUUUUAGGACAUUCUGUCCCGACACUGACAGUCUUAACUUCACUCUUAUGAAAAAUAUUCACAGAAUGAGACUUUCAGCUCAAGUGUAGCCCAAACGACAGUCAGUGAGUGAACAACAUAGUCCUUUUGUAUAACACAUUUUUGCAUGGACUCAAACGGAGUGUCCUAAAAUGGCUUCGGGAAUAGGGGCCUGGUGUGUGUUGACAGGAACUCCUGACACUAAUUCACCGUUCCCUUCCUUUAUUCAAUAGGUGUGGCUUUCCCCACGAAAGGCUAAAAGAGUUUCACGGAUCCUUACUGAGCCCCUCAUCCGAUCUGAGUGUUGACACACAUGUGCUUUUGUUUCACAGCUGCCUUGAGUGUAAUGAACCAAGAGCCGGGCAUAUAGCAGUCAGACAGACAGACACAGACAGGCAGACAGACACAGACACAGACAGGCACACAGACACAGACAGGCACACAGACACAGACAGGCACACAGACACAGACAGGCACACAGACAGACAGACACAGACAGGCAGGCUCCCUCACUACUGAUGUUUACACCGGCCAAACCUCCCCGAAGAGGCACGGGCCUUAACGCCAUGCAUUAUGUGUGAGUGUGUAUGUGCAUCCUGUACACACAUUCAUAUAAGUAUAUUUUCGCAGACCUACGGUAUGCGACUGUUUCACUGACUGCUAUGUCUGGGAUUGAAAAUCUAUACAAUACUGUCACGCUUUACUAAUCACUUAAUUCAUUGCCUUUUUUUCUACCUAUUCUUUUAUUUUUUAUUUUAUAAGAGAUGUUCAUUUUUUUUACUACUGCAAAUGUGCCUAAAAGCUUUCAUCUCUGGGCUUUAACCAGAGAGUGGGUGAUCAGUAUUAUAUUUAAAAUGAAUAACUGAGGAGAUGCACUUCCUGAUGCUCAACCUGAGAUUAUGUGACUAGUAAAGCUCCCCUGUGUGUGUAUGUGUAUGUGUGUGUGUGUGUGUGUGUGUGUGUGUGUGUGUGUGUGUGUGUGUGUGUGUGUGUGUGUGUGUGUGUGUGUGUGUGUGUGUGUGUGUGUGUGUGUGUGUGUGUGUGUGCAUAAAUGCCUAAUUCCUGCAAAUUUGUAACAAGGACUCAAGAAAACAAUGGAUCCUUACAGUCAAGGUUACUCCAUAGUCACAAAUGCUACUAUGUCCAAGAUUUCUCCUUGUUACGAUGAAGUAUAUGAGUAUAAUUUGUGCCUUAACAUGUAUUUCUAAAGAUUUUUUCCUAAUUGUGUUACGUGUUUGGUCGUAUAAACCUUGAUGAUAUGACGAAUUGACUUGAUGGAAACGGCGAAGGAGGAAAUGACCUAAUCCUUGUUUUGGUCAUGUUGUUGCAAUCCGAGCAGGUGCAGUGACUACUAAGGUUCGAAGGCACGAACUGCGGGUCCAUCCUUACCAAAGGAUAGUGACCGCAGACCGAGGUUAGUUUAGCUCUUAUGCAUUUGUGUUUUAUUGCCAAUGCCUGCUCACUGUUGGUCCUGAUCUGUUUUGCAACAUGUACAAAUUGUUCAGCUAGUCGUUCCGGUUUGUGAUGUGAUGCAACAUACUGCGCACCCUUCCUCGUCGUGGCCUCUGAGAAACAUUUAUUUGGAAUACAUUUGUUCUCAGAGUGCGUACGUGGAGGGCUGUACAAGGUGAUUCUGAGAACUAGUGACCACAACACAGUAGCCGAAUGAUGCUUUUGCUAUCUAGGUAGAGACACAAACAUACACACCUGCAUUUAAAACAAAAAAAACUACUCCACUCUAUUAUUUCGAUGACUUUAUGAAUCUGACAUGAUGUCGAUGACAAAUAAUGGACGAUACCCCUUUAUUAAAAAAAGAAGAUCAAAUGAUCUGUAUUUUAGUUUCCCCCCUCCGUUCAACGAGGAGGAUGCAAUUUUAUUUCAAAUGCACUUAAGUCUUCAGCUUCUUACGUGGAUAAUGUAGCGUUUUAAUCGAUAAAUUAUGUCCAUUUGUAUUUAUUUGUUUGAGGAAAUGAAUGUUUUGGGAAACUGACCCGUUGUAUUGUCAAGGACAACACAGAAGUGUAAAACCUGUCAUGUCAUAGUUACAUUUUUUUAAUCUCCCCAUUUUUACUACUGUAUUUUUUUUUAAGUCUCAACAACGGCGUUAUAAGAAAAGAGGGAUGGACACGUGGUAGGCUAUAGACUGGAAAUGGUUUUAUUCUGCAGAUAAGGUAAACAAACACAACAGUCAGAGCUUUCGCUCUCUAAAGUCCACACGUGUCACACAUGUGUUCACUGAAUACUGAGAAUAACCGAGGCAGUAAACCAGAGAAGAAACCAUUUGUCAAAUUACCCGAGCAACAAGGAAUUUGCGGGAUCUGUUCUCUAUCAGUGCCUUUUCUCUGUUUUAUCCUUAUACCCCUGGUGCUUAAUACACCAAGUGUGCCUUGUACCCACACUGUGGAUCAUCACAUUUCACUACAGAUCAUUCCUUGUACCCAAUCAAGUGAGUGUUUGCAAUGUGCCAGAAAAUAGGAUGCAAAUGCCAAUUGAAAAACUGCCUACAUGCAGACAUUUUUUGGAUAAAUCAACCUACAUUUUAGUACAUACGUUGAAGUUGAAAACCCUGUGAAAUUUAUUCAAUUGUAAUACUGUUUAAAUAAGUCCAGUUCACAAAUCACCUUUUUUUUUUUUCUGCUAGAUGAUGUGGAACAAUUAACAUAUAUAAUUAACAGUAUAUGCAAACUGGGUCUAAGGAUAUUCAGGUUUCGGCACUGUAGCGCUGUCUGUGAAUUGCCUCUGAAAACUUGAUAGCUCAAAUCUGCCCUAAAACAAAUAAAUGAAUAUAGAAAUAACUGUAAUAUGGAGUUACUUAAGAAGUGCAUAUUAUGCAAAGGGUAUUAUUACUAAAAGGUCAAACCUUAAUCCAUAAUGAUAAUACAUGAUAAUAAUGGUAACGGAUAGGUUACUGACAUUGAAUGACAAACCAACAUCCGAUGAAAUCGCACAAAGGUCUGUAUUCAAUCAACCUCUUCAUAGGUUUGGCUCCCACACUCUGAGGAACAGUUUUACACCAUUAAAACAUUGGUUUAUCCAAACAUUACGGUAACACAACGUAAUAUGACGUAUCAGUGCGGUUUGGGGGGUUGAACCAUGAGGCAGGGGGGAUUGAGUGCAGGCCAACCGGCCAAGCCUGUGUGUAAGAGGCAGGCUGACCGGGUGGAAGCAGGGAGGAAGCUAAGAUGGCGUCUGAGAUCUGGGCUCUUUUUAUCAGCUCAUAUUGGCAAAGCUGUUGAACGGUCUCAAAAUAGUAAAUACACUAUCAAAUAAGUACGUCAAUUGAGGUCUAGAGAUUUACAGUGCCUUCAGAAAGUAUUCACCAACGGAAUUUAAAAUGAAUUAAGUUGAGAGGUUGUGUCAGUGAUGUAGACAACGCCCCAUAAUGUCGAGGUGGAAUUGUUUUUAGAAAUGUUUACAAAUGAAAAAUGAAAAGCUUAAGUCUAGAGUCAGUCAGUAUUCAACCCUUUUGCCUAGUAAGCCUAGUAAUAAUAUGCUUAACAAGUCACAUAACAAGUUGCAUGGACUAUGUGUGCAAUAGUAGUGUUUAACAUGAUUUUUAAAUGACUACCCCAUCUCUCUACCCCACACAUACAAUUAUCUUUAAGGUCCCUCAGUCGAGCAGUGAAUUUCAAGCACAGAUUCAACCACAAAGACCAUGGAGUUUUUCCUAUGUUUCGCAAAGAAGGGCACCUAUUGGUAGAUGGGUAAAAAAAACAGACAUUGAAUAUCACUUUGAGAAUGGUGCAGUAAUUAAUUGUACACAUUUGAUGGUGUAUCAAUACACCCAGUCACUACAAAGAUACAGGCCCCCUUCUUAAAUCAGUUCCGGAGAAGAAGGAAACCGCUCAGUGAUUUCACCAUGAGGCUAAUGGUGAUUUUACAACAGUUACAGAGUUUAAUGGCUGUGAUAGGAAAUAACUGACGAUGGAUCAACAACAUUGUAUUACUAACAUAAAUGACAGAGUGGAAAGAAGGAAGCCUGUAGGAAAAAAAUAUUGCAAAACAUACAUCAUGUUUAAAUAAGGCACUAAAGUAAUAGUGCAAAGAAAUACAUGUUUUUUUCCUGAAUACAAAGCAUUAUGUUUGAGGCAAAUCCAACCUAACACAUCACUGUGUACCACUCUUCAUAUUUUGAAGAAUGGUGUUGGCUGCAUCAUGUUAUGGGUAUGCUUGUCAUCGGCAAGAACGAGGGAGUUUUGUAGGAUAAAAAUAAAUGGAAUACAGCUAAGCAUAGACAAAAUCCUAGAGGAAAACCUGGUUCAGCCUGCUUUCCACCAGACACUGGGAGACAAAUUCACCUUUCAGCAGGACAAUAACCUAAAACAGAAGGCCAAAUAUACACUGUUGCUUACCAAGAUGACAUUGAAUGUUCCUGACUGGCCUAGUUCAAUUUUUGACUUAAAUCGGCUUGAACAUCUAUGGCAAGACUUGAAAAUGGUUGUCUAACAAUGAUCAACGACCAUCUUUUUAUUUAUUUAUUUAAACCCGGUAAGUUGACUGAGAACACGUUCUCAUUUACAGCAACGACCUGGGGAAUAGGUUUAGGGGAGAGAAGGGGGAUGAAUGACAGCACACUACACAGGGCAAUGUCCCCAAUCACUGCCUUGUGGGAUAUUUUUUUUUGGGGGGGGGGGGGGGGGGACAAGAGGACAGAGUCCUACACCACUUCCAGCAGCAUCUGGUGUCCUAUCUAGGGACUGACCCGGACCAACCUUUCUUAGCUUUUGAGGCAAGCCAGCGGUGGGAUGUAGGGUGGUAUGCUGCUGGUUAAAGCCAGUGGUGGGAUGUAGGGUGGUAUGCUGCUGGUUAAAGCCAGCGGUGGGAUGUAGGGUGGUAUGCUGCUGGUUAAAGCCAGUGGUGGGAUGUAGGGUGGUAUGCUGCUGGCAAAAUGCUCUGGUGGUAUCUUGACAGAGCUUGACACAUUAUUUAAGAAUAAUGGGAAAAUAUUGUACAAUCCAGGUGUCCAAAGCUCUUAGAGUUUCCGGGUAAGAGUUUUUUUCUCUAAGCUGUAAUCGCUGACUCUAACCUGUAUUGCACAGGGGGGGGGGGGGGGGGGGGGGUACUUAUCUAAUCAAGAUAUAUUACUCUUUUAUUUCCCAUGAAUAAAUAAAAAAUCUUCCACUUUGACAUUACAGAGUAUUUUGUGUAGAUCAUUGACAAUCUUUUUUUCAAUUAAAUCCCAUUUAAUCCCACUUUAUAAACACAAGAAAAUCUGGGAAAUGUAAAAGGGUUUGAAUACGUUCUGAAGGCACUGUAUACAGUAUAUCCUAUUUAGAUUUUCCUCUGGACACUUUACAGUGUAUUAGAAAGCAUUUUACAACCGCUCUCAACGACACAGUUCUUCAGCUCUUAAUACAGUAAGAUUUACAAUAUUUUGUCACUCUGGUAAAGAAGCCUUUCUUCUGUUCUUUACAUCUGUUUGAAAAGAGCACAAAUCUUAUUUUGCACUGAAUGAUUUUUUUUUAAAGUCAAAAGCAUUCUUCAUCUCCUCUGCUGCAGUCAGAAUGGCAGAACCUCAGACGAUGAAAUGAAACAUAUGAUCUAAGCUGCAUACGUCUUAAACGGACCACUGUGGAGUGGACCGAGAAUUAUAGGGUCCAUUUUGGAUGAGAAAUUGCCAGAGUGUGAAUGCAUUUACCAGAAAUGUUCCACUUGAGAAUUAAAAAAAACAAAAAAAAAUGUUUUACUGUAAAGCUUCUUUAAAUGUUUUGUUGUUGCAAAGAAAAUAGUAUUUACUUGUGGCUUCUUGAAAUAUAUAUAUAAAUAUAUAUAUAAAAUAUAAAGCAGGAAUGUAUAUGAAAUGUCAGAAAUAGCAAGGAUUAUUCUAUAGGGCUAUUUGUAGGAAAGACAAAUAUCCAUCAUAGCAGCUUUAUAGCACCACUUUAGAAAAUGUCCUCUAUUUUUGAAUAUAUUUUAGGGCUUUAAACAAAAGACAGGACCUUUUCAGUGUUUAUAUGCAAGUGCAUUUUAUAUUAUGUGUCCUGUGAAUUGUAUAUUGUCUCCUAAGCUGAGGGCACUGGCUGAAGUGAUGGCUUUGGCAUGCUCACAGCUUAACGUUUCAUGGCUAGUGUGCUAUUUUAGAAAAUACCAUGUAGUGUUGCUUUGUAUCAUUAAAGCAAAGAUUUUCAUGCUUGUUGUAAAUAGAAAACAUACUUUGAAAAGGCAAUAAAAAAAUGAUAUUGA